GAAGCCGAGCAAAGUACUCCAGACUUUCUCGCGAAGACACGGGGGUGUAUCUCAUAAUAAGCAACGCAGAGAAGAGGACAAGGUCGCCAAGGAUUCUCCCGAACUCAAGUUUACGAGAACUAAGAAAAGACUACUCAAGAACAAGAAGGAAGAAGAAACGGACGUGUGAACAUCGCUUGCCACCUUGAGAACUAGUCUACUUGCGGCACAUCACAAGACAGAACUCGUCUUGCUGAGCCCGAGUGAGCAUCUCCAGGAGGCCGAGCCCGUGGGAUGAGGAGCGUGCUAGUGCAGAGCAGUUAUCGGGAGGACAUGGCUUCAGCACCGAUGCCCGCGCCUUACCUUCGCCUCGACACCUACUCCUCUCACUGCUACAUGGGGAGAAAGAUGUUCAAGUGCCCGCACUGCAGUUACGAGACCAACCGAAGAAACAACCUGAAGCGACACAUCAGUACGAUGCACCUGGCCUGCACCAAGUCCCUGGAGUGCUGCGAUCACCACUUCAGCAGUAAAGCCGAGCUGAGGGAGCACGUCUACCAGCACCACCGCUACGGCUACACCUGUAAGGUCUGCGGGCGAAACUUCUGCCGAAAGGCGCUGCUGAAACGGCACCAGACCGUCCAUAGCGGGAGGAAGGACUUCGUCUGCGGGCUGUGCGGCUACGCCACGAGCCACAAGUCCAACCUGGAGAGGCACAAGAAGAUCCACAGGUGUCCGGAGGACGGUGACGAGGAUGACUUGGAGGAUCGGAUCGGGGAGGACCAGAGGAGCGUCACCAGCGAUGACUCCGACUCGCCGAAGAAGCCAUCCCCUCCGGCGGAUGGAGUCGCCAAACCGACCGACGCGCUCAUGCCGAUGUUCCCGCUCCAUCCUCUCGCCAUCCCGCGGGACCAUCCCCUUCCACACGUCCACCCCGCCGCCGCCGCCCAGGCACACUUCCUGAGUUGCUACAUGACAGCCAACGGGCUCUGCCCACCCGGCCCUCGGCCUGUCAUGCCGCUCAAGCCGAUCGUCUUCCGCGCCUUCCCGAUGACCUGUCCAACGAAGCACCCCGCGGUUGUCGGCGGCGUCCCUGAGGCCGACCCCCCGCCCAUGAUCUGCACCUUCUGCGCUGUCUACUUCACCAACGUGUACGACUUCAUCGGCCACAUCGGCACCCAUGUGGACAAAAAACACAAACUCAUGUCGCCAAAACCUGGACAAAUGACAGAACUGUCCCCGGCUGCCCAGUCUACAGUCAGGCCAAACAUGUGAGAACUUUUUAAGCCUUGUUUUCUGAAUCAGUUUGUCUUGUUAGGACAAUCUAUUGUUCCGUACCUUUUCGAGUGGGAGUGACAAUGACUGAAUGGACUUCUGAAACACUCCUUGUGCCAACGAAGGGCAAUCACUAUUCAAUCGGACAACAAUCCGUAAACACCAACUGUUUACACUAGCUUAGUUUAUUUUAAAGUUUUGUUUACAUUUCUCAUUAUUGAGAUGUUCCAGAGAAAGUAUAAGUUUACGGGAACUUCUUUUUGUUCAAACGUAGUUAAAAAUUAACCUUUAGCAAAUCUAACGAGCCUCUCUUUUAUAGGUCAGGCAAUCUUACGUAUAAAAAUAACAAGAACACCUUUGUGAAAAGUUAAGAAUGUAGAUAUAGUUCCGAUGUAAAUAUUAUUACCUAAAAAGAGUGGCAUUUUCGAGUGCCUUAUGAAAAUGUGAGUAUAGCAAAUAUGUCUAUCUAUAUCUAUAUUUAUACGAUGUAAUAUUUUUUCUAUCUACGCUACGGAUAUAUAUUUUAUGUGACUUAAUCCUUGACACGGUGAAGGUAUAUACAGCCAUGCCCACCAUUGCAUGACGACAGUUGUGAAUUGUUUAGCGGAAUUUUCACGAGAAAAUUCACCUGUAGACAAUCUGAACUCCUGUUUUUAGGGAGAAGAGAGCUUGUGCACUGUACAUCCCUCCGCUUGGGGGCGCUUCUUAACAAUCAUUCAGAAUAAAUGCUAUUGUUUAUCAUUAUA